AUGUUUGAAGAGCUUUUCCGUGGAAUAACAGCGACAGUGAAUCAACAAUCAAUAGCCGCUACCGUAUCGGCUAGUCGCCAGCCAUGCACUGCAAGCGUUUCGGUACCUCAGCCAUCGCCGCUUGCAUUAGAAGGAGAUAUGGAAGCCAAUUUCGAAUUUUUUGAAAAGAGUUGGAGAGACUACGAAAAAGCCAUUGGAAUAGACCGGUGGUCAGCUACAGAUGAUCCUCAAAAGGUUAGUUUUCUCCUGGCGGUGUUCGGAGAGCCAGCAAGAAAAAAAUAUUUUAAUUUUGAGCUCACCACGAACGAACAAGCCAACCUUGAAGCAGCCUUGCUUGCUAUCAAACAAAAGGUUGUAGCUAAGCGAAACAUAAUCAUAGAUCGACUAGAUUUCUUCUCGGCUGCACAGCUUUCAAGAGAGACUAUUGAUGAUUUUGUUUCACGUCUCAAGACUUUAGCUAAAAUAGCUAAAUUGGGUGCAUUAGAAACCGAACUAAUAACGUUCAAACUAGUCACUGCAGAUAAAUGGCUCCAUCUUCGCACUAAGAUGCUCACAAUAUAUGAUAUUGACUCCUCGAAAGCAGUUGACAUGUGUAGAGCAGAAGAGAUAGCAGCCAAUCGAUCUUUAGAGCUAGGAAUGCCGAAUGCUGAUGCGGAGGUUAAAAAGAUACAGAAGGCCAAAACAAAGUUACCUCGCUGUAAGUUUUGUGGUGAUCAACAUGAGUUUGCAAAAGGUGUCUGCCCAGCGUUUGGAAAACGUUGUCAUCGGUGCAAUGGUAAAAACCAUUUCGAAAAGGUAUGUAAAAUAAAUAAAAAGUCUCGCAAACAGAAGCCACGACGAGUUAAAAAAAUCAACGAGAAAACAAGCGAGUCAGAGGAAGAUUCUUCCGUGAAUCGGAGGAUGAAUCGGAGGAUGGAUUCAGAUCACGAAUACGAAAUCGGAAAAUUUUUCGAUAGUACAUCCAAAGGAGGAGGUGUAUCAGCUCAGUUAGACCUCAAAUUUGCUGGUGCUUGGCAAUCAGUAGUAUGCGAACUCGACACAGGAGCGAACACGAGCCUGAUUGGUCAUGCUUACUUGUCGAAACUUAUUAGGAACGAAAAUCCGCCACAAUUGCCUUCCGAGUUCCGUCUACAAAGCUUCGGUGGAAAUCCCAUCAAAGUUUUGGGACAAGUUAAGAUUCCAUGUCGUCGGAUGGGAAAAGAAUAUAGUUUGGUGCUACAAGUAGUCGACGUAGAUCAUCGUCCCUUACUAUCUGCAAAAGUGUCACGUGUGCUAGGCUUAGUUAAAUUCUGCAAAGCAGUUUCUCUGAGCGAACCUAAAUCGUCAACAUCAUAUAGCAAUUUACUCAACGUUUAUCGCAUCGAAGCUCAACAAAUUGUCGAAGCACACAAAGGACUCUUUGUCGGAUAUGGAAAACUAGCUGGAAAGGUAUCACUAGAAUGCGAUAAAAGCAUUUCUCCACUAAUUCAACAGCCACGUCGAGUACCUAUCGCUUUGCGAGUUGAGGAAGGAGAAUUUAAAAGCGUGAAAGAGUUGGUAUCGGAUAUUGGAACACUACGCUACUACAACAUGAACCUGCCGAUAACCAUCGAAUGUGACGCGAGUUGCUUCGGUUUAGGAGCUGCCGUAUAUCAACAGGAUGGAGUUAUUGGAUACGCUUCCCGAACGUUAACUGCCACAGAGAAAUCGUAUGCUCAAAUAGAGAAAGAACUACUGGCCAUUUUGUUUGCUUGCAUCCGUUUCGAUCAAUUGGUUGUGGGAAAUCCUAAAGUCACUAUUAAGACGGAUCAUCGGCCACUCAUAAACAUUUUUCAGAAGCCACUGUUAUCAGCCCCGCGUCGACUUCAGCACAUGCUGUUGAAUCUCCAGCGGUAUACAUUAACGUUGGAAUAUGUGACUGGCAAAGAUAAUGUGGUUGCCGAUGCUCUAUCGAGGGCCCCGCUUCACGACGAUAUUACUGUAGACGCAUAUAAGAAGAGCAACAUAUACAAGGUCUUCGAGGAUUUGGGAAAUGUCAAGCUGAGUAAUUGCCUAAGUAUUUCGGAUACUCGCUUAAGCGAAAUAAUGCAAGCAACAGCAAAAGACUCGACGAUGCAGCUCAUCAUCGAAUACAUCCUGAAUGGUUGGCCAACAACGGCUGACCAAGUGCCCGAUAGUGUGAAGAUUUAUUUUCGUAACUCGCAAGAGCUGUCCACCCAAGACGGACUUAUUUUCCGGAACGAUAGAAUCCUGGUACCGCAACCUUUGCGCAGGAAGCUCAUUGAUAUUUGUCACGCAAGUCAUAACGGAAUUGAAGCUACGUUGAAGCUGGCUCGAGCGAAUGUCUUUUGGCCAGGAAUGAGUGCUCAGAUAAAAGAAGCUAUCCAGUCGUGUGCAACAUGUGCUAAAUUUGCUGCAUCUCAGUCCAAUCCGCCUAUGAUGACUCACGGCAUUCCAGUGUACCCUUUUCAAUUUGUUUCCAUGGAUGUGUUUUUCUCUGAUUACCAAGGAACUAAGAGAGCAUUUCUUGUGACAGUUGACCAUUACUCGGAUUACUUUGAAGUUAAUAUCUUGAAAGAUUUGAAACUUGAAUCAGUUAUAGCCGCCUGCAAGGAGAACUUCGCCCGUCACGGUAAGCCACAAAUUAUACUAACAGAUAACGGUACGAACUUCGUUUGCCGAAAGAUGGAAGAAUUCGCCAUCGAAUGGGAUUUUCAGCACACUACAUAA